CGCUCAUUCAGUCGCUCGGACUCAGGUACGACUUUGCCAGGAUCGAGCGGUAACGUGCUGCUCAGCUCGGCUCACGUUCGCAUACGCGGUUUCAGUUUAAAAGUAGAUUUAACAGUGAAAACACAGUGUGUUUGCCGACUCUCCCACAACGUAAACCAAGGGGGGCUGAUAUCCAUCCCUCAUAUUCCCAGGGAUCUCUCAGCCUGCCCUGAUGAAGGCCGAGCAAGAAGGAGACAUCGUCGAAGAGGACUCCCCUUCGGAUAAUGGAGUCCAGACGAGCCAGUACAACUCCAUCUCGCCUCCGGCCUCACCCGUGGCCGACGAAGAACCCUUCUCCACAUACUUUGAAGACAAGGUGCCGAUUCCAGAGAGUGAAAACCAGAUAUUCAGUUUCCGUAAACUCUGGGCCUUCACUGGACCAGGGUUUUUAAUGAGCAUUGCUUACUUGGAUCCAGGGAACAUCGAGUCUGACCUGCAGUCUGGAGCUAAAGCUGGCUUUAAGCUCCUAUGGGUGCUCCUGUUAGCCACCAUCAUUGGGCUGCUGUUGCAGCGGUUAGCCGCUCGCCUCGGGGUCGUAACAGGGAUGCAUCUGGCUGAAGUCUGCAACCGCCAGUAUCCAACAGUUCCUCGGAUCAUCCUAUGGCUGAUGGUUGAACUGGCAAUUAUUGGCUCAGACAUGCAGGAGGUCAUUGGCUGUGCCAUAGCACUCAACCUCCUCUCUGUGGGCAGGAUCCCACUGUGGGCAGGAGUCCUCAUUACUAUCACAGACACAUUUGUGUUCCUCUUCCUAGACAAAUAUGGCCUGAGGAAACUCGAAGCUUUCUUUGGCUUUCUCAUCACUGUAAUGGCAAUAAGCUUUGGUUACGAGUAUGUGCUGGUAAAGCCAGACCAAGGGGAGCUGCUGAAGGGGAUGUUUUUACCGUACUGUGCCGGGUGUGGACCUGUGCAGCUGGAGCAGGCCGUGGGAAUCGUGGGCGCCGUCAUCAUGCCCCAUAACAUCUACCUGCACUCUGCGCUGGUCAAGUCUCGGGAAAUUGACCGCAGAAAUAAGAAGGAAGUAAAAGAAGCCAACAAGUACUACUUCAUCGAAUCUACUAUCGCUCUGUUCAUCUCUUUUCUCAUCAACGUCUUUGUGGUGGCUGUCUUUGCUCAGGCCUUCUACGCUAAGACCAAUAUACAAGUGAAUGAGCAAUGCAACGCAACCGGGAGUCCUCACACUGAUCUCUUCCCUCUGAACAACGACACACUGGAGGUGGACAUCUACAAAGGGGGAGUGGUCCUGGGCUGCGUCUUUGGCCCAGCAGCUCUGUACAUCUGGGCCGUCGGGAUCCUGGCAGCUGGGCAGAGUUCCACAAUGACAGGCACUUACUCCGGGCAGUUUGUCAUGGAGGGUUUCCUGAACCUACGAUGGUCGCGUUUUGCGCGGGUGCUGCUGACCCGCUCCAUCGCCAUCGUGCCUACUCUGCUGGUGGCCAUUUUUCAGGAUGUCCAGCAUCUGACAGGCAUGAAUGACUUUCUCAACGUGCUUCAGAGCAUGCAGCUUCCAUUUGCUUUGAUCCCAAUCCUAACCUUCACCAGUCUGACAUCCAUAAUGAACGACUUUGCAAAUGGAUGGGUAUGGAAGAUUUCCGGGAGUGUCGUCAUCCUGGUGGUUUGUGCAAUCAACAUGUACUUUGUGGUGGUUUAUGUGACGUCGCUGAACAGUGUGCUGCUCUACGUCCUCGCUUCCCUCCUCUCCAUAGCCUAUCUGUGCUUUGUAGUCUACCUGGCAUGGCACUGUCUGAUUGCCUUGGGGGUUUCCUGCCUGGACUUUAGCAGCAGGGGGCAACUGGGACUGUCCCGUCACACGGACAUUUACUUACUGAACGACAUGGACACGGACUCUGUGGUGGAGAGAUAGGAUGCAGCCUUGUGAGUGGAUGUCGAACUGCGUCGACUGAAGGACACUGAGAGAUUACAUGAGCAUGGUACUACUGGAGCUCUGUCAGUAUACUUGUUGUGCGCCCACAGAUGUCCAAAGUGGUUCACUUCCGUAAUGGGUGUUUUCCAUCGCAGAUGUCUCAGCAGCCACUACUUAAACACAUGCUGCAGGCCUAUUGAUGAGUAAUAUUUAUGCAAAUAUUGAUUAAAUAGCUCUGCUCCAAAAUGACACUUGUCUGAAGAAAACGUGACUGACUGGUAACCCAUAAAAACGUUUUUGAUAAAACAGUUUUGCCUGAAUGUUCAAGAUAAUGGCUUCUCCAAAUGACGGAACCACAACAGGUUAAUAAGCCAAUAGCUUGAGUAAGAGAAAUGUCAGUCAGACACUUCUGUGAUGGAAUGAUCACUUUCCAGUCAGAAAGCACGCAACAUUAAUUGACUGUUCCAAAACGUGGAUUUGUCACAGUUAUAAGUCCAGACACAUAACCAGUUGUUGUCUAAAGAUGCUGUGGACCUCCAGUAUUCGACAAAGACAUUUCACACAGUAAAGGUGCCUGUGUUUCAUUCAUUCUGGUUUACCAGACAUGACAUUAUAACCUCACAUCCCCAAAGAAUGAAAACAAGUAGGUCCAAGUCGAUCUCUGCUGUGAUGUGAAUGCUGGAAGAUUUUUUACACAUGAAAAGAAAAAGUCAAACACCAAAGCUGCAGCAUGUUUAACAGUUUGCAUGCUUUUGGUGGGACCAAGCGUCCGUCCUUAAAUUCUAAUUUAUAUUCAAAUUAAAUCUUUAAUUCAUCUUUGUUAAUAUUAGACUAUUAAAUUAAUUUGAUUAAUAUAAUGAAUAUGAACAUAACACUUCGAAACUAUAUAAGGUAUUUAUACGUGAUAAGUCACACUUUUCCAUGUUUUCAUAAUUGGAGUAGAGUGAUAGUUUUUUCUCUGUGUAUUACAGUAAAGCAAAAAAUAUUUUUGGAUACGUUUUAUUCAAAUACUCAUCUUGGAGAUGUACACCUUUGAAUUUUUAAAAGUCUUUUUAUGAAUUUUCAGAGAUGCCAGAAUAUUCUGACGUGAUAUGUUCUCCCACAGUGUUGCUGGCAGAUAUAUCUAUACCCUGAUUUGAAUUUUCUUUCUUAAUUUUCCUUCACAUUUGCACUUAUGUCAGUUUGUUUUAAGAUUUGUUUAUUUAUGUGUAGUUUAUCAUUUUAUUAAGGGCUCAUUGGACUUUUCACUUGAGCAGGUUGGGCAUUAAAAGCAGCUAGCUCUUUGUUUUAUUUUGUGGGUGGGGGGGGCAGUUUUUAUUGCUGAAGCCAAAAAUGUGUGCAGAAUUGUGGUGUAUGUAUGUGUAUUCUGUUACAUAAAAUACAACAUUUUAAUUUCUCAAAAUUCUGCAUAUGGCGGAAAAAGUUGGCAUUGUGGUGCAAACAGGUGAGGAACAAAAAGUCAAAACUGUACAUAGCUGACACUAGACAAGAAGACAAAAUUAUGUAAAAUAAUAACACCAAGCAAGAGCAGGAUCCAUCAUAAAAACCUCACAGCUAUCAUGGAUAGGGCUGUUUUAUAAAACAAAACCAUUUUCCUUGGACUUCACGUGUGUCCUCUAAUGACUGUCCAGACGUCCACUGUGCCUCCUGUGUUCACCACUGUGCCUCAUGUAUCACAUCUUCAGCACACCUUUCUGUCCAUUGUAAAAUGCACUGCUGAAAUCCAACGUCGCUACAAAUUAAUAUUCAGACUUUUUGUCACCAAAAUGAUAUAUGAUGAAAAAUAAAACCAAAAAGAUAAUGUCACUCAAACAAAUGUAAUGACAAAAGAAAUGGACCAUGGUGUAAGUGAGAGCAUAAACGCUGACAUUUUAAGCUAUAUGAAAGCAUAUUUUUAAAAUUGUGGGGGACCAUUGAUGGGAUCACAGCAGAGAAGCAAUGUUCAGCAAAUGGUUUUGGGUGGACUCUUACAAUAAUCAAUGAACAUAUCUCCCUGCAAGACACACCACAAGUACAAGUGUACAUCAUUUGACAUUCUGACUGUAUUGUAAAGUUGCUUCCAAUAUAAACAAUAAAAACAUGUGAGUUUCAGUUUUUCCAUAUUUUUAGCAUUGUAAAAAAUUGUCAGAGACCAUUUUCUCAUUAUAUGUCCAGACAUUACGCUAGUACUGUACUGUAUUGUAAAUUAUAUUGAAUGUUAUUUCUGAUAUGGUUAAAUUGUACAAUAUGAUACAGUAUUGAGCUUAUGAAAGGUGUUUUUCUGAUUUACUUGUUUUUUUUACUUGUUUGAUUUUUUUUCUCUUGUUGAAUAAAAACGUUUUAAAAAAACAACCUAUAAUUA